ACAAUUGCCUUUGAUACACUCUACACUUGCCAAACUAAGACGAAACAAUAGAGAGAGUGAGAGAUGACUAGAAAGGGCAAAGAACUAGAACCUAACAGAAAGUGAGCUCAGUCUAUGCAGCUCCAACACAGUUUUCAGAGAGAGUGUGCCCAGGCAGAAAGGAAAUUGAUAACGCAGCACGGUGAGAUGUUGGGGAUAACUGAGGUUUCAGUCACUCUGAUUGUGUUUCUCCUGAUUGUGCAGUUUCUGAAGUUGCAAUGGACACGUAGACAGCUUCCUCCUGGACCAACUCCCCUGCCCAUUAUUGGCAACUUAUGGCUGCUGGACUUUAAACUUCAGCGAGAAGAUCUUCUUAAGUUAACCAACAUCUAUGGCAACAUUUACACACUGUGGAUGGGACAGACCCCUGUGAUUGUACUGAAUGGAUACAAAGCAAUAAAAGAUGGCCUUAUCUCCCAUUCACAAGAGAUUUCUGGACGGCCUCUCACCCCCUUCUAUAGGGAUCUGAUGGGAGAAAAAGGUAUUUUCCUGACAAGCGGUCACACCUGGAAUCAGCAGAGACGCUUAGGCAUGACAUUUCUAAAGAGCCUGGGACUGGGUAAGAAAAGCCUGGAGCACCGAAUACAGGAGGAGACCAGACACCUGGUGGAGGUCUUUGCGAGUCAGAAAGGGAAACCCUUUGACCCCCAUACCCACAUUGUCCAUGCUGUCGCAAAUGUGAUUUGCGCUGUCGUUUUUGGCCAUCGCUUCUCCAGUGAAGAUGAUUCCUUCAACCGGCUCAUCAAAGCCAUCUAUUUUGUGAUCUUCUUGCAGGCCACUAACUGGGGCAGGAUGUAUGAUGCUUUCCCAUGGCUUAUGCAUUAUAUCCCAGGACCUCACCAGACAGUGUUUGCGUACAAUGAUUUCAUGCACAAUUUAGUUAAGAACGAGGGCCGAGGUCAUGAGGCGAGAUGGAAAGAAGAUGAUCCACAGGAUCUCAUUGACUUCUACCUGGCUCAGAUAGCAAAAACCAAAGAUGACCCCACGUCCACCUUUAAUGAAGAUAACAUGGUUCAGACUGUGGUUGAUCUUUUGCUGGGAGGGACAGAAACCACAACUAUCACCCUGUGCUGGGCACUCCUCUAUAUGCUGCAAUACCCAGAUAUCCAAGAGAAAGUCCAGAAGGAACUAGAGACUGUCCUGGAACCUUCCCAACUAAUCCACUAUGAGGACCGGAAGAAACUGCCUUACACAAAUGCUGUGAUUCAUGAAAUCUUGCGCUACAGCAACAUUACUGCUGUCGGGGCCCCUCGACAGUGCGUGAAGGAUACAACAGUGCUGGGGUUUCCCAUUGAAAAGGGAACAAUUGUAUUGCCAAACUUACACUCUGCUGUAUACGAUUCUGAACACUGGGAGACUCCUUGGAAGUUUAACCCGAGUCACUUUCUUGAUUCAGAUGGCAACUUUGUAAACAAUGAAGCAUUCUUACCUUUCUCAGCAGGGCAUCGGGUGUGUUUGGGGGAACAGAUGGCAAGAACUGAGCUCUUCAUCUUCUUUGUCAACCUGCUGCGGGCGUUCACAUUCCAGCUUCCAGAGGGAGUGAAGGAAGUCAAUCUGGACUAUAUUUUAGGGGCUAUAUUGCAGCCAUAUCCAUAUAAGCUUCAUGUAGUUCCACGCUAGUCUGAAAUGAACCAUAAAGUGGAGGUGAUUCUGUCAGGGAUUUUUUUUAAUAUCCAUCUUGUACUUUACCUUAUUCGUCUUAUCUGAUCAUUCAGUAUUGUGACAGUGGAUGGAGAUAUUUUUAUUUAGGAACUUAUUACAUUUUAACUUUUAAAAAAUAAAUGCAUUUGCCAAAGAUCAAGAGAUCUUCAAUGUACACAAGUGCAAGAUAACACCUAUUGGAAAGAAUUAUCUAAACUAUUUCUACUCAGUAGAGAUACUGAUGAACUAGGUGUAGUACUUUAGAAAAGAUCUGUGCAUUACCAGGCAGCACUUACUAGAGAUGCCUGCUCAACGUGCUAAUAAGAUGUUAGACUGUAUUACAAAUGAGUCAAAAACAGCAGAAAAUGAAAUGACGUAUGAAUAGGUGAUUCAGUCCCACCACUGAUGCACAAUUGCCCAGAUACAAUAAACAUGCGUUAUUUUAACUGAA